CCCAGAAGAGUGAAGACAUAAACCCCGUUCAACAGAAGAAAAAAGAAGUCUGAAUCCCAAAUCUAGGGUUUUCACUUUUUCCCCAUUUCAUCCCUCUCACACUAGGGUUCCCACUCACUCGCUCGCUCACUCAACAAUGGCGGCAGUCACAGCCCCUCAGCAGCACCGUUCCUCCAAGACGGAGUCCUACGUCGACAACAAGCGCAAGGAGGACAUCCGACAUGCUAACAUUGUCGCUGCACGCGCCGUCGCCAAUGCCGUCAGGACCUCCCUUGGCCCCAAAGGCAUGGACAAGAUGAUCUCCACUUCCUCCGAUGAGGUCAUCAUCACCAACGACGGCGCCACCAUCCUGAACAAGAUGCAGGUCCUCCAGCCCGCCGCGAAGAUGCUUGUCGAGCUCUCCAAGUCACAGGACUCUGCCGCCGGAGACGGCACUACCACCGUCGUCGUCAUCGCCGGCGCACUCCUUGAGCAGUGUCUAAUCCUUCUCUCACACGGCAUCCACCCCACGGUCAUCUCAGAUUCCCUCCACAAGGCCUCGCUGAAGGCCCUCGACGUUCUCUCCGCCAUGGCCGUCCCCGUUGAGCUCUCUGACAAGGACUCCCUCGUCAAGUCUGCUAGCACUUCGCUAAACAGUAAGGUCGUCAGCCAGUACUCGACGCUCCUCGCCCCUCUCGCCGUCGACUCCGUGCUCUCCGUUGUAGACCCUGCCACCCCUGACAUGGUCGAUCUCCGCGACAUCAAGAUCGUCAAGAAGCUUGGCGGAACAGUCGACGAUACUGAACUUGUGAGGGGUCUCGUUUUUGACAAGAAGGUCAGCCAUGCUGCCGGUGGACCUACCCGCAUGGAGAAUGCCAAGAUUGCUGUCAUUCAGUUCCAGAUUUCGCCCCCUAAGACCGACAUUGAGCAGAGUAUAGUGGUGAGUGAUUAUUCUCAGAUGGAUAGGAUUCUGAAGGAAGAGAGGAGCUAUAUUUUGGGCAUGAUUAAGAAGAUUAAGGCCACUGGCUGUAAUGUGUUGUUAAUUCAGAAGAGUAUUCUGAGAGAUGCUGUUACUGAUUUGUCUUUGCAUUACCUUGCUAAAGCUAAGAUUUUGGUGAUUAAGGAUGUUGAGAGGGAUGACAUUGAGUUUAUUACCAAAACUUUGAAUUGCUUGCCCAUUGCCAACAUUGAGCACUUCCGUGCUGAAAAGUUGGGCCAUGCUGACCUUGUGGAGGAGGUUUCGCUUGGGGAUGGUAAGAUUGUGAAGAUUACUGGGAUUAAGGAUAUGGGGAAGACCACUACCGUGCUUGUCCGCGGGUCCAACCAGCUGGUGCUGGAUGAGGCGGACAGGAGUCUGCAUGAUGCCUUGUGUGUUGUUAGGUGUUUGGUUGCAAAGAGGUUUCUGAUUGCUGGUGGCGGUGCUCCCGAGAUUGAGCUUUCAAGGCAACUUGGUGCCUGGGCUAAGGUUUUGCAUGGGAUGGAGGGUUACUGUGUUAGAGCUUUUGCUGAGGCGCUCGAAGUCAUUCCUUAUACUUUGGCUGAGAAUGCAGGUUUGAACCCCAUUGCAAUUGUGACUGAGCUGAGGAAUCGGCACGCGCAGGGAGAGAUCAAUGCCGGAAUCAAUGUGAGGAAGGGUCAGAUUACCAACAUCUUGGAGGAGAAUGUGGUGCAGCCACUGCUGGUAAGCACGAGUGCAAUCACCUUGGCUACAGAGUGUGUGCGGAUGAUUCUGAAGAUUGAUGAUAUUGUAACUGUGAGGUAGAUUUGAGUGAAUAGUUACAGAAAUUGAGCCGUCAUCCUUUUUUUUAAAUGAUUAAAGAGUCAUCAUCUUACGCCUUUCUUUGUUUUAAUUAAAUUCCUAGUGUAUGUGCUUGCUAGUGACUUUGGUUAUGUAAUUUCAACUUGCUUUUGCUUCUAUAUCUAAAAUUUUGGAUGCCCUUGUGAAUUGUGGUGCUUUCUGGUGUCACCAACAAUAUUUUUACUUCUUGUUAUCCAUUUAGAGUCUAUUAAUAUUAAUUCAUUUCUUCUGUUGAUGUAGCAA